AUGUUGUUACUGCUAAUAACAGCUCUUGCAUUUUUUGUAGGAACUUUAUCAUUGACAGAAGUCGCUGGACAUUUUUCAUUUUCACGUGACAAUGAAAAAGAAACAAAUUUUGAAGUUCAACUUCUUUAUGAUUUUUAUCGAACAUAUUUUGUUGAUGCUUCAGAAUCGGAUGUAGACUCAGAUAAUUCAAUGGAUAUCACUGAUGAUGUUGACAAAGAUGACACUUCUUUAAAGUCGAAAAAUGCCGAAUCAUCAGCCGAGACAGUUGAGGAUGAAAAACUCAAAAAUUCGAAUGACCGGGUACGACAAAUUGUCAACACAUUCAAGCAGAAUGAAGCUGGCAGUGCAGUUGAUGUUCUGCUCCGACUUCGAGACAGGUUUCAACUCCAAGGAAAUUUUGAAUUUAUUGAAGACAGGAAGAAAAUGUUGACAGAGCAGGAAAAUGUCUUGCUUCGAGAAGUACCAAUAAGUUUAGAGAUUCCAGAAGUUUGUAAUAUUCCUACAGAAAAUUUAAAAUUAUUGGAAGCGUUUUUGGAAGAAGAUGAUCUCAUUGAGUGGCUUCAACAAAAAAUGAAUGACAUCAAUGAGGUUAAAGUGAUGUGUGACCUUGCAAUGAUAUUAGCUGGUGAAAACCCAAUGGAAGUUGAUCGUGUUUCAAACUUACUUGGAGCAGUGAUGGGUUUUGCUCCUCUUAUUUUUUGGCCAAAAAAUGUUUCAACAAAUUUGGAUAAUGCAACUGUUGAUGAAGAGUCAGAGCAAACAAUUCAAGAUGUGGAAAUUAAAGAAGUCGAAACAAAUACAGGUCUAAAAGAUCUAUUGGAAAAAUGCAAUCAAGUGUGGAGCAACUAUAAAGGCGAUAAGGAUAUCUUAACAAAAUGGAAAGUCACAAGUGAACAACUUCCCUGGUUUAAAGAACUGGAACAGUUUCACGGAUCAGUUGAAAAGUUGUCACUUAUCAGAACUCAAGAAAUCAAUGAACGAGGAGUUUAUACAAUUACGAAAAAAGACGUCAGUGCUCUUCCGAAUGUAGAAAAUUGUUUGAAUUUGGUUGUUCCGGGAAAAGAUGCAACAGACUCAGAUCAAAUCCUCAGCCUUGGAGAACUCUGUGAGUUACAGUCAAAAUUAAUGUUGAUUGCCGGAGAGGCAGAAAAAGGUCAGCGUGAUGUCAACAUAUUUGUAGAAAACUUGACUUCCAUCCAGAAAUUAACAGAAGUAUAUGUGGAAUUACUUGAAUCUGGAUGCAUGCUAUUCAAUGAGUGGUGUCUCACAGUCAGAUGCCUGAGUGAAUCGAGCAAUAUCACAAACACAAUUAAAAUUGACAUCAAAUUCACUUCUGAUACUCCAUUGAUCUCUUCUGUUGGAACUCACGCAGAUUUGGACAAACUUACUGGAAUAUUAUCAGAAUCUUUGCAAGGAUGGAUCGAUUAUGUUUCAACAAAACGAAUGGACUUCUACUACCUGAAUGAAUACAGUAUUCAGCAGAUACUUCAUCUAUGUAGACAACUUUGUAUAUUCAAGCAAACAAAACAUUUGCCUGUACAGGUUUUUGCUCUUCUGUCGUUUGUGCGAAAUGAUUUCACUCCAGAAGAUUUAGUAGAAUGUUUAGAAAAUUUAACUGAGACUAUAGAUGAUUCACAAAUGAAAGUUGACAUUGAAGCUGGUGCAAUGGAACUGGAAUCAGAAGAUGACAAUCUGUCUGAUGAUGAAUCAGAGGAUGAGAAUUUAUCUGAUGAUGAAUCAGAUAAUGGGAAUCUAUCCGAGGAUGAAUCAGUUGAUGAAAACGACCUGAUAGAACAUCAGCAAGCAGUAACCCAAACUGAAUUGAAGAAACGUCUUGAAACUGUUAGAAGUUUAGUACGCGAUGGGAUUGAUGAAAAUCUAGCUAAAGCUGCUGUUCAAUCAGAAGGAUGCGAUGAUUUGUCAAAAUUACAAUAUUGGGCUCUUUUGCAUGAUGGAGAAGAUGAUUUAAUUCAAGGGCUUUGUUCAACUUUUAACGAUGCCAUUGAAUUAAAUCAAGAAGAAAGUUUAGAACUUCAAAUGCUGGCAUCAGCUUUAAGUACAAGCGGAAAUACUUUGUUGGAAGUGAUCGGCAGAUUACGAGAAAAUAUUAUAUCAACUAUUGGAAGUACUUUUUUGGAUUCUGUCAACACUAUAUGCAAUGGCUAUUUGGACGAAGCUAUUGGAAUCGAUUUAGAGGACUACCUAAGUAUUGAACAACUUGGCAAAUGCUUACACAAUUUGAGCCAGGAAGGUCAAUCUCAUCGUCAACUAAUUCCUGGAUUAAGACAUGGCCAGCCCAAUCUUCUAGUUUGCAAUGAAGAAGAUAUUCUCCCUACAGUGCUAUCGUUGUACAUGAAUAACAUUGAUCAACCUUUACCUGGGAGAUCAGAAGUUGUUAUAUGCAAUGAGGAAACAACUGCAGAUGAAGUUGAAAGAUUUUUUCGAAGAGCAAUGUGUUCUUGUCAGGAUAAUAAUCAGCAUUUGUUCACUUUGGCUUUUGCUGAUAAAUUGAAAUUGGAAGUUUCAACAGCGGUAGAAGAAAUAUUUUGGAAAUUGUCAUCUUGUAACGAAGAAAAACUUAAUAAAAAGUAUCAACUUGUAAUUGUAACAAGCAGUCAAAAGCAUUAUCUCUCAACUUGUUUUGACAAGUAUCUUGCUGAUGGUAAGUGGAGUGCUUCAAUGAGUGAAAUACAAGAUUAUUUGAAAAUGCAUCUUGAAAAUAAGAAAACACAAAUGAAAAAACAUGACAAAACUGGACUGGACAAUUUUCUUGUAAAAGUUGUACUGUCGGAUAGAUCUGGAGUUGGAAAAUCAUUAUAUGUAAAACGAGUCAAAGAAAAGCUCGAAGAUUCUGUGAAAAAUAAACUUCAUUCUACUACAAUACGUUUACUUGAGAACAAACUGGACUCUGACUACAUUAUUGAAAAAUUGAAUGACAUAAACAGGCAUAAUGAAACUCAGAAAGACAGUGUUUCAUUGAUUCACAUUGACUUGACACCUGCUGUUCAACAUGGGAUAAAAUCUUUCGCAUUCAAUCUUUUUGUUCUUGGAAGUAUCCAAGGUAGUCGAGGACAAGUGUGGAAAACACAUCCGAAUCAUUUAUACUUUAUUGAAAUGACAGAUUUUGGCUCAACUGGAAAAAAAAGAUUUUCGAAUCAACAUAUAUUGAAUAUGUUGCCCUAUGUGAAAUGUUUUUCUCCGCAAGAGAUAUUGAAUGGAUGCAAUAAAAAUUUUGAUGAACAAAUUGGUAUGGAUGUCGAAGAAUUUUCAUCUGAACAUUUCAAAGGCCAUAUCAAUAUCUACUGA